AUGGCCGCAGGGCCACCACCGUCGCUACCGCGCCUAACCUUCCUCCUGCUACUGGCCGCCGGGUGCCUCCUCCUCCUUCUGCCCACUAAUAACGCCGCGCGCCUCCCGCUCUCCCUCGCGCCCGACGCCGCCGACGCGCUCCUCAAGCUCAAGUCCGGGAUCAACGACGGCGGCGGCGCGCUCAGCAGCUGGUCCCCCGGUACGAGCCCCUGCAGCGGCGGCGACUCCAAAUGGGCUGGCGUCAUGUGCGAGAAGGGCGCCGUGCACGGCCUGCAGCUCGAGGGGAUGAGCCUCUCCGGCAAGCUCGACCUGGCCGCCCUCAAGAGCCUGCCCGGCCUCCGCACGCUCAGCUUCAUGGACAACGAGUUCGCCGGCCCGAUGCCCGAAGUCAAGGAACUCAGCGGCCUCCGCGCAAUCUUCCUGUCCGGCAACAAGUUCUCCGGGACGAUCCCCGCCAACGCGUUCGCCGGGAUGGGAUGGCUCAAGAAGGUGGUCCUCUCCGAGAACAACUUCUCCGGCCCCAUCCCGGCGUCGCUCGCCGACGUGCCCAGGCUCCUCGAGCUGCAGCUCAACGACAACAAGUUCCAGGGCAAGAUCCCUGAUCUGAAACAGGAGGAGUUGAAGGAAGUCAAUCUCGCGAACAAUGAGCUGGAGGGGGAGAUCCCGGCGAGCCUCAAAUCCAUCAAACCUGACAUGUUUGCCGGCAACAAGAAGCUUUGCGGUGCGCCGCUUGGUGCGAAAUGCGAGGCCACUCCGCCGCCGUCACCGUCGCCGGCACUAAAGGCGCCACUGCCGACCUCCGACAAAGCAGGGACCUCGCCGUCGCCACCGGCACAAGACGCCGCGAAGCAAGAAGCUCAGAAGCCCGCCGAGGGCUUCACGUCCUACGGCAUCCUCGCCGCGUUCCUCGGCACGCUGGCGAUCGCCGGCGUGGCGUUCGUCGCGCUGCGUAAGCGGCGGGACAGCACCAAGAACUUCGGCCCGGUCGCGUCGACGACGAGGUCCUCGGGCCCCAAGAUCGAGCCGCACCCGCCGGACAAAGCCGAAGCCAGCGCAGCGCACGUCGCCGCGCCUGGCGCCGCAGCCAAGGCCACCGCCGGCGGCGGCGGCGAGGAGCGCAGCAGCCGCGCGGGCGGCAGCACGGCGCGGAAGGUGGAUCAGGGGCGUCUGACGUUCGUGCGCGACGACCGCGGCCGGUUCUUCGAGCUGCAGGACCUGCUCAAGGCGACGGCGGAGGUGCUCGGCACGGCCAACCUCGGCGUGUGCUACCGCGCCACGCUGACGAGCGGCCACUCCGUCGUGGUGAAGCGGUUCAAGGAGAUGAACCGGGUGGGCCGGGAGGACUUCGAGGAGCACAUGCGGCGGCUCGGCCGGCUCAACCACCCCAACCUCCUCCCCCUCGUCGCCUACUACUACCGCAAGGAGGAGAAGCUGCUCAUCCACGACUUCGUCCCCAACCGGAGCUUGGCCAACCUCCUCCAUGGCGAGGGCCGGGGGUUGAAGAAGGCGGUGGUGCACUGGAGCGUGCGGCUGAAGAUCGUCAAGGGCGUGGCGCGGGCGCUGAGCUACCUGUACGACGAGCUGUGCAUGCUGACGGUGCCGCACGGCCACCUCAAGUCCUCCAACAUCCUGCUCGACGCCAGCUACGAGCCGCUGCUCACCGACUACGCGCUGGUGCCGGUGAUGAACCAGUCGCACGCCGCGCAGCUCAUGGUGGCCUUCAAGUCCCCCGAGCGGAAGCAGUUCGGCCGCUCCUCCAAGAAGAGCGACGUCUGGUGCCUCGGCCUGCUCAUCCUCGAGAUCCUCGCCGGGAGGCCGGCGACCUACGACCUGCCCAAGGCGCCGGCGCCGGCGACGGGCGCCGGCGGCGACCUGGUGACCGUGGUGGGCUCGACGCCGGAGGGCGAGUGGCUGAACACCGUGGUGGACCCGGACCUGAGGGUCGGGGAGGACGAGGACAGGGAGGAGAUGGUGAAGCUGAUCAGGAUCGGCAUGGCGUGCUGCGAGGCCAACGUCGACAGCCGGUGGGAGCUCAAGACCGCCGUCGACAGGAUCGAGGAGCUCAAGGCCAAAGAGCGCGCCAACGAGGACCAGUCCUUCUACUCGUCCGUGGAUGGCGAGGAGGAUCUCAACAACGAUGUUGGCAUCAACUGA